AUGGUAGAAGUCUUCAUGGACGAUUUCUCAGUCUAUGGAGCAUCCUUCUCCUCAUGUUUGUCUAACUUGUGCAGGGUGUUGCAGAGGUGUGAGGAGACCAAUCUAGUACUCAACUGGGAGAAGUGCCACUUCAUGGUUCGAGAAGGGAUUGUGCUUGGACACAAGAUUUCCGAGAAAGGGAUCGAGCUCGAUCGAGCUAAGGUGGAUGUCAUGUUGCAGCUCCCUGUUCCCAAGACUGUGAAGGACAUAAGGAGUUUUCUGGGUCAUGCAGGGUUCUACAGAAGAUUCAUCAAGGAUUUCUCAAAGAUAGCAAGACCCUUGACAAGGCUUCUGUGCAAGGAGACAGAUUUUGAGUUUGAUGAAGAAUGCCACAAGUCUUGGACCUUGCUGAAGGAUGCUCUGGUGUCUGCGCCAAUAGUUCAAGCUCCAAACUGGGAUCACCCAUUUGAGAUUAUGUGUGAUGCAUCUGACUAUGCAGUAGGAGCAGUGCUUGGCCAAAAGAUAGACAAGAAACUCAAUGUCAUCUACUAUGCAAGCAAGACUAUGGAUGAUGCUCAGUGCAAGUAUGCAACCACAGAGAAGGAGCUCCUUGCCAUAGUCUUUGCCUUUGAGAAGUUUCGAAGCUAUAUAGUUGGAUCCAAGGUGAUUGUGCACACUGACCAUGCUGCCCUUAGACACAUCUUCGCUAAGAAAGAUACAAAGCCAAGACUUCUCAGAUGGAUCCUUUUGCUUCAAGAGUUUGACAUAGAAGUUGUGGACAAAAAGGGAGUAGAAAAUGGAGUUGCUGAUCAUCUCUCUAGGAUGCGAGUUGAAGACAUGAUCCCCAUCAAUGAUUCUAUGCCUGAAGAACAGCUUAUGGCAAUCAUGAUCUUGAAGGAGAGUUUUGAUGAGAAAGCCAGGCUGGAAGAAGUUAAGGCUCUGCGUGAUGAGAAUUUGCCAUGGUAUGCUGAUAUAGUGAACUUCAUGGUGUCCGGAGAAGUCCCUAGUAGCUUUGAUGCUUACAAGAGGAAGAAAUUCUUCAAGGAUGCUAGGCAUUACUAUUGGGAUGAGCCCUACUUGUACAAGAGAGGACCAGACAGCAUUUACAGGAGAUGCAUAGCUGAAGAGGAUGUGCAAGGAGUUCUAGAGCAUUGCCAUGGGUCAGCUUAUGGAGCAGACUACAUUGCCAAGUGUGAUCCAUGCCAAAGGAAAGGAGGGAUCACCAAGAGGGACGAGAUGCCACUAAACCCAAUUCUAGAAGUUGAGAUCUUUGAUGUAUGGGGAAUAGACUUCAUGGGACCUUUCAAACCUUCUUCAAACGGGCACAACUACAUUUUGGUUGCUGUAGACUAUGUGUCCAAAUGGAUUGAAGCCAUUCCCUGCCCAACCUGUGAUGCCAAGGUGUUUGAAAAGUUGAUGAGAAGCCAUGGAGUCAAACACAAGGUCGCCACGCCUUAUCACCCUCAAACCAGUGGGCAAGUUGAAGUCUCCAACAGACAGAUCAAGGCCAUAUUGGAGAAGACUGUGAGCUUCACUAGGAAAGACUGGGCAGCAAGGCUUGAUGAAGCACUUUGGGCUUAUAGAACAGCUUACAAAACCCCCAUUGGAAGGUCUCCUUUCAAUUUGCUGUAUGGGAAGGAUGCCACUUACCUGUGGAGGUCGAAUAUAAGGCUUUAUGGGCAGUAA